AUGGCUGAAGAGAAUAGCACUAGGGUGACUGAAUUCAUUCUUUUGGGCUUUUCAGUUCAUAGAGAGAUCGAAAUCAUUCUCUUUCUGGUCAUCUUAGUGGUAUACACUCUAACUUUGGUAGGUAACAUUGGAAUGAUUUCAUUGAUCCGGUUAGAUUCCCGACUCCACACACCUAUGUACUUUUUCCUCAGUAAUCUGGCCUUUGUGGACCUCUGUUACUCCUCAUCGAUAGCCCCCAAGUUCCUGGAGAUCCUCCUGACCAAGUGCAGGUCUAUAGCUUUCUAUGCAUGUGCAACUCAACUUGGAUUUUUCCUGAAUUUCUUGAUAUCAGAGAUGUUCCUCCUUGCUGUGAUGGCUUAUGAUCGUUAUGUAGCCAUCUGCAGUCCUCUUCUCUACAUGGUGGUCAUGUCCCCAAAAGUAUGUGGGCAACUGGUAUUGGGUCCCUACUUAUACAGUUUUUCUGUUGCUUUGCUCCACACUGUAGUUACUUUCCAAUUGAUCUUUUGUGGCCCCAAUAUCAUCAAUCACUUCUAUUGUGACGAUGUCCCUUUGAUGGCCCUCGCUUGCUCAGACACCAGCCUCAAGGAAAUUCUGAUAUUCAUCUUUGCUGGAUUCAACAUGAUCAGCUCUUUGACUACUGUUCUUAUUUCUUACUUAUACAUUGCAGCUGCCAUCUUGAGAAUCCAGUCCACAGAAGGAAGGUGCAAAGCUUUCUCAACUUGUGCCUCUCAUCUCACUGCAGUAACUAUAUUCUAUGGGACUCUGAUCUUCAUGUACCUUCAGCCAAAAUCAAACCAUUCCCUUGACACAGACAAAAUGGCCUCUGUUUUCUACACAAUAAUCAUUCCCAUGUUGAACCCCAUGAUCUACAGCUUGAGGAACCAAGAGGUGAAGAAUGCCCUGAGGAAAGUUGUUGAAAAAUUUUAUGUUAUGUCUCUAACAAAUGUUAAAAAAUAA